AGUUUCAUUUUGGCAAGUUAUUGCGGUGGUAAAGCUUAAGGUUAGUAUGUCAGGUCGCGGGAAGCAGGGUGGCAAGGCGCGCGCCAAGGCCAAGACACGCUCGUCGCGGGCGGGUCUGCAGUUCCCCGUGGGCCGCGUGCACCGCCUGCUGCGCAAGGGCAACUACUCGGAGCGGGUCGGGGCCGGCGCGCCGGUGUACCUGGCGGCCGUGCUCGAGUACCUGACGGCCGAGAUCCUGGAGCUGGCGGGCAACGCGGCGCGCGACAACAAGAAGACGCGCAUCAUCCCGCGCCACCUGCAGCUCGCCAUCCGCAACGACGAGGAGCUCAACAAGCUGCUGGGCCGCGUCACCAUCGCGCAGGGCGGCGUGCUGCCCAACAUCCAGGCCGUGCUGCUGCCCAAGAAGACCGAGAGCCACCACAAGGCCAAGGGCAAGUAGAAGACUGGCAGAGUUGGCAGUUCAAGUCCCCUGUCUAAACCCAAAGGCUCUUUUCAGGGCCACCUGUAUUUUCUGAAAAAGAAGUUGAACAUUUAAUUUGGUAAAUGGGAAGAGAAGGUGAAGUCUAGAAAAGCGGAGUAUUCUUUAACUCCUAACCCGGGUUGAAAGCCCAGCUCCCUAUGUCUAGUCCCAAACUGCCAUGUACGAUAGAUUGUUGCAUUUGAGAUUUGCAGUGACUGUAAACACCUUGCGUAGCUCGUCUAAUGGUUUCAGUAGGUAGUGUGCGUCCACAGACAGCCAUUAGCUUUUGUAAGUUGACAUUUCUGGUGCACCUCAGCUUCCCUGGCUGAGUUUAGCAGCU